AACUUAUUUCCUGAAGACUGUCAAUAUGAAAAUACCUGUAAUGGUUACAGAAAUUAGUAUAUUUGGUUUGGUGAUCUUUGGUGGCCUUUUUUAUCUUUACAUAAUUUAGAAUGACAAUACACAAUAAAGACAUUACAAUUAGGAGAUUAAAACGUUAUUAUUUAAACGGGAAGAGAAUUGUAACUGUUUUUUGUGAACUUUAGCUUAAUGCUGAAUAAUUAACCCAUUUGGCUACUUAAUAUCUACUUUAUUUUUAACUAGUUUGCAGUGAAAUAAACUUAAGAACAAGCUAUAGUUUCUACUUUAGUUGAGGUAAGUCUUAUAUUUUGGACAACCAUCAAAUAUUUGUGAAUGAAAAUACCAGGUAUGCAAAUGCCCUUGUUUCUGAACUCACGCGGAAGAUUGAAGCGAAAUCACGUGACCCGUGCGUCAAGAAAUCAGCUGGGGACUCGGAGUUUCACUCAGGAAAUCCAGGUAAACUAAACAAGCAACGUAUAUAUCAAGGUAAAAGACAUGUCAUUGUACUCAUUGUACUGUAAGUACGCUGACUUAAUUAAGAAGUACUUUAGAGAAAAAGUCAGUGAUAAAGUGUACCGCAGCGUCGCUGAUUCUGAACUUCAUUCAGAGUGAAACUGUCUUUGACAGCGCGCGAUCUAAAUAUUUAUUCGAAACUGUCCCACGCGUUCAUAUUUUUCACCAUUCUUGUUGAAUGUUUGGUGUGUGUCGGUGAAGUAAAAAUAAAAACCGUCUGAUUUUAUAAAUGAAUGUUUUUGUCAGUUUGGGCGCUGUUGUUUCCGCAUUCUUUCGUUUUGCAGGUGCAGUAAAUGUUGGUAAACUAGUCUGAUGAACAAGGUGUAACUUAGCCUACUAGUUAUCCUGCUAACAUUUGAACAACAGUUUUCGUAUCAUUAUUGAACUAUUAAGAUAUAUUUAACGCGAGGCACGUAGUGAAACAAUAUGGGCAAAGUUGUUACAAUGGGAACGACACGGUAUAGGCUACACAACAUCUACCAUUAUGCUGUUCUGGACUGUAAAUAGUAUACACAUGACAAAAAGAUGAAUAUAUAUAUAUAUAUUAAUGUCAAAUGUCUAUAAAAGCCUUAAUGAGCAAGAAAUCCCUUAGCAGUCUUAAUAGUUCUGUGUUGAAAUAGAUUUCUGCAUUUUAAUAGAUUUUUAUGAACCAAUAAUAUUGAUUCUUAAAUCCUGAAAAUCGGUCUUAGUUUGCUGUUCUCAAGUGAUGCGUGAACAAACCUGUACUAAACAUUAGCUGUUUGUAGUGUGCAGCCUGUCCAAUAAAUCUCAGUAUUAUUUUAAAUACUUUCUGAUUCUAUUUCAUCAUGAAACGUUAUUAAUAAUAAAUAAUACAGUUUUGGCACUCUUUAAUAUGGCGCCACAGAACACAGUAUCCACCUCAGAUCAAGCUAAGUGCUUUACAAAAAGACAGUAAAUGCAAUUUUUAGAUAAAGGCAGUUCAUCACUGAAUUCAGGGAUGUCAUCAUCCAGUUCAAGUUCAGUUCAAAUAGUAUCUGUUCAAUCAAGUCGACAAUAUCACUGGAAAUUAAGUGUCCCCAAUUAAGCAAGCCAGAGGCGACAGCAGGGAUAAUGUAAUUCUAAUAAUGCUAAUGUAAUUCUCGGUCAUGACCUGUUGUUUGCCUUUAUAUAAGCAAACUGGCAGUGAGGUUCUGCUUUAGAAUUCUGGAUCUGCAGAAAUAUCAUAAACAUGGGCCUUGAGCUUUAAAGCAGUGAAGACUUUCUCUCACUGCCUUGCCACUGGAAUACAAGCUGUUCACUUGACUUUCAUUUGAAUUUUGUAAAUGUGUUCAUUCUUCUACAUAUCUGCAAUCUCUGUGCUGACUGUGUGUGGAAAUCAACUUGUCAUCAUCUCAACGAUUUUCAAGCUACACACACUGACCAACUUCCUCAUCCUCUCACUUUCACGUGAUUAUGUCUGUUCUUGGGCCUGUGUCACUCAUUUAUGUCAUGCUUGUAGCUAUUGAUUGCUAUUAUGCUGUUUGUGAGCCACUGUACAGGUAUGUCAAAAAUGACAAUUAGAAAAACACUGAUGUGCAUAAGUUUAGGAUGGUCUGUUUCCAUCUGUUAUAAUCUAGAACCAAUGGAUUUGUUAAUUUUGUAUGUAAGAAUUCCCUCUGUGGCCUUGAGACAAGCUAAAGCUAUUCCCAACACGUCAAAGAAAAGGGCAUCUCAGAAAAAUCUCAAAUCAUUCUGGAAAUCAGAGGUGAAAGCAACAAAAAUAUUGAGCAUAAUUGUUUUUGUGUAUUUCAUUUGCUACAUUCCCUGGUAUAUGAGUAUGCUUAAUAUGAAACAAUUUCAGAAUCAUCUUGUGAUACUUUCUGCUUUAAUCAGGUUGUUUUAAAUUAAUUUAUGCAUUAAUCAGUUUGUUUUAAAUUAAUUUAUGCAUCAAUCUCUUUAUAUAUGAAAUAUCUUAGCCCUGGUUCAAAAGGUCACUGCAAGCUUAAAAUACUGCAUACAGCCACUAACCAGAUGAACUUAUUUCCUGAAGACUGUCAAUAUGAAAAUACCUGUAAUGGUUACAGAAAUUAGUAUAUUUGGUUUGGUGAUCUUUGGUGGCCUUUUUUAUCUUUACAUAAUUUAGAAUGACAAUACACAAUAAAGACAUUACAAUUAGGAGAUUAAAACGUUAUUAUUUAAACGGGAAGAGAAUUGUAACUGUUUUUUGUGAACUUUAGCUUAAUGCUGAAUAAUUAACCCAUUUGGCUACUUAAUAUCUACUUUAUUUUUAACUAGUUUGCAGUGAAAUAAACUUAAGAACAAGCUAUAGUUUCUACUUUAGUUGAGGUAAGUCUUAUAUUUUGGACAACCAUCAAAUAUUUGUGAAUGAAAAUACCAGGUAUGCAAAUGCCCUUGUUUCUGAACUCACGCGGAAGAUUGAAGCGAAAUCACGUGACCCGUGCGUCAAGAAAUCAGCUGGGGACUCGGAGUUUCACUCAGGAAAUCCAGGUAAACUAAACAAGCAACGUAUAUAUCAAGGUUUGGUGACUCAUUCAGUGAAGAUCUCCAUCAUGGCUGGAUCAGGCGGGGUUGACCCAAAUAUGCUGGCACAGACUAUAAGUUCAAAUAUCCAGAGAAUAACAUUGCUAACUAAUGAAAUCCAGCAGAUGAUGAGACAUUUUGGAACAGCACAAGACACGACUGACCUGCGACAGACAUUACAAGAGAAACAGCAGAAGGUCAAUCAGCUUGCUAAAGUGACAGACAAAUACAUGAAAGAUUUCAGUGCUUUACCUGUGACCUCAGAACAGCGACAAAGAAAAAUCCAGCGAGAACGUCUCAUCAAUGAAUUCUCCAAUGCGCUAGCGGUUUUCCAGAAAACUCAGCGAGAGGUAGCAAAGAAGGAGAAGGAGUUUGUGGCGCGUGUCCGAGCGAGCUCUAGAGUUUCAGUUGGAGAUAGAGAUGAUGGGUUUGGAGGAUUUUCAUCACCCUUUCAAAGUGAGGUUCAUGCUCAAACUCAGAGUUAUGAUGAAGCCAUCACAGAGGAAGAUCUGCAGCUCAUUCAGGAGAGAGAAUCAGCAAUCAGACAGCUGGAGUCGGACAUCACAGGCAUUAAUGAAAUCUUCAGAGAUCUGGGCCUGAUGGUGCAUGAACAGGGAGACAUGAUCGACAGUAUAGAGGCCAAUGUAUCAAAUGCAGAGAACAAUGUGCAGUCGGCCACACAACAACUGAGCAGCGCAGCAAGUCACCAGACAUCAUUCCGUAAGAAGAUUUUCAUCCUGAUUGCUGUUCUUAUUGUGCUGGCUGUCAUUAUUGGUUUGAUUAUCUGGGCUUCUGUCAAAAAAUAGGCUGACCAUCUGAUGUCCCACAGCAUUUGCACUGGCAUGUUUAUAAGUUAUGGAAGAUUUUCACUAAUGAGUUGCCUUCUGAAUACAGUUAAGAUAUUGCCACUUACAGAAUAUUUAACAGAAGUUAUGCUCUAUGGACGGCAUGUUAAUGUGUGGUUCAUUACCACAGAAACUUAUUUUAACUCUAUUUGUUAAACAUGCAUUGGGUUAAACAUUCUACAGAGGCUGUACAUAACGCUUAAUUUGUGUUUAAAACUGUUUUAACAUUGUUACUGUUAAUAGAUAAUCAUUCCAGCUUCAUGCAUCUUUCACCCACCUGGUUUGUUAUAGAAGCUGGCAUUCCUGGUUGCAAAAUAUGAGAUUUCUGUGGUUGAAAAUUGCAUGAAUGUGUUUAUCUCUGAUGGUUAGUAUGAAGCUUCCGCUGUAAAGGUGGAUAAGUGAACUUCACUUUUAAACUCCUCUCAAACACUGUAUUUGAACAAAUAAAUAAAUAAAUGAUAGCACACUACCAGUCAAAACAGUAGUCUAGUCAUAAUAAAUCUAAUCUAGUCCAAAUAAAUAAUGAGUAAGUGUUACUAAAAAAAUUGACUAGAAGUGUAUUUUCAGUUUCAUUCAUUUUAUUUAAUAAGGUGUGAAUCUCAAGCGCAAUACAAAAACAGAGGGAAUUUUCAUGGACCAUUGAAAUGUCUGUGCAGUUUAUUAUAUGACCCUAGAAAAUCUCUCAUAUCCAGGGAAAUGUAAAGCUACUGCUAAUUGAUGUGCUUUGGUUUCCCCGAUUCCUUUUUAUCUUGUUAGUUAUUAGCCAUGUAUCCAGUCUCACUGUGCCAAAAAUAAUCUUUGUAAUAUGAUCCUGAAAUAGAUGCUACAGUUUCAACAAACAAGCAACGUCACUUAAUGUUUGUUUAUGAGUAUGAUAUUGCUGUAUAUAAAUGUUAUAUGACCUGAAACGAGUAUGGUUAAUCAUUAAGGGAACUAAAUCAGGUUUACCCAGGAGACAGGAAGUAACCACUAGAUGGAGACAAUGUCAAAUGUGAAGUUGCAUUUUAAAUUCAGUUUAAAUGGCAGUCCGUAGGCAAUAAUUUAUCUUCUUUUUACUUUUUUCAAAUGUUUUCAUGAUUUAGUGCAGUUUUAAAUUGAAAUGUUGUAAAUAUUGUUGAAUCACCAUUUUCUUAAAUACUGAAAUGCUGCUGUGGAGAUAAACAAAGAAAAUACAGUUGUAUGUGUGGUUAAUCCAGAGGUGUUUGUUUGUUAUUUUGAACUUGGAAGUGACAGAAACUUAAUUUGGUGUCCAUUCUGAAUCUGACUGAAGAUUAAAGAUUCAAAAAUAGACAAUAUAUUUUGUCCUUUAAAUUAAAACCAACUUGUUUGGAAUAAAGGAUUCUGGUCACUUAGACUCA